AUGGCUAUUCCACGCGCAAUCAACAUGCAUGGUUUCCCUUACUCCCUCCUAUCGAUAUCAGCCAUAUUGACAUUCUUAUAUCAUUGGCGCGGAAUGCUCCAGGUUACAAUUGACGUCGGAAGCGCCAUAUUGGGCAUAAUAGUGAAGAUCGUGGAUAAUCACUCGCGCAGCCCUCCGAGCAACAGGAGCUUGGGAAAGUCUUCAGGGGGUGAUCUCGUUAAUCCUACGAAUCUGCUUUACCCUUCCAUACGGCCAUCACUCGAUUCCUCAGGUGGUGGCCAAUUUCACUUUAAUGCAUUCGGACCCGCCGUGGAGAAGUACCCCUCUGCUCCAGUCCGCUUCAGUUGGUGGGAACCCACUAGGGAUCUUCAGGUUUAUAGGAUCUAUUGCAAGAUGAGCCGUCAUAUCGACGUUGUCCAGGGUGAUAUUCCCUAUAGCGAAUUCCUCGGAUCGUACCUAAUACCCAAUAAGCCAUGCAUUCUCACACAGAGCUUAACCGAGGGGUGGCCGUGUUAUCUGUCAUGGACUCACCCAUCCGGUGACGUCAGCUCGGAGUCGAGACCAGCAUGGCAGUACUUUGCCCAAAUUUACGGGCGUCAGGAAGUCACAGUUGCUGAUUGUCGUACACGGGACUUCAGCGACCAGAAAAGGCUCAAUACUACUGUAGCUGAGGCCAUCCAUCACUUUCAACCUAGCACGGACUCGGACCAGGAGCGUCCCCUCUACUACAUUAAAGAUUGGCAUAUCGUUCGGCAGAGUGGCCGGGACAAGACCAUGAAUCUUCGGGACCGCGAACCAUAUUUCACACCGUCCAUUUUCCUUGACGACUGGCUCAACGGCGAAUCCCUCAGAGGCAAAGCAACAGCUGACGAUUUUAUGUUCUGUUAUGCUGGUGUGGCCGGUACAUUCACCCCGCUCCAUGCGGAUGUCUACUCAUCAUACUCUUGGUCAACCAAUAUUGUGGGGAGGAAACUGUGGCGGUUGUUCUCCCCUAGCAUUACGCAUUGUCUUAGGAAAGAUCCUGAAAAUCGGCGUUCAGAGCGCAUAUUCGAUGUCCGCUCCGUGGACCUUGCCUGUUUUCCGCAGUGGUCACAAGCUGAAAGACAAAUGAUUAUUGUCGAACAAUUCCCUGGUGAAACUAUAUUCAUUCCUUCCGUAAAUCUCCCUUCAAUGUACGAGGCGAUGCGAAAUGAGGUCGAGGACGUGUCGUGGGCCAUCUCGGACGUCAAGCUCGUGAUCCGUGAUUCGCAUGCCCGGGACGCGGUCGGAAAACAUACCGCGGAAGGUUGGGAAGUUGAAUGGCUUCGCCAAGUGGAUAAACUGGUGAGAAUGGACUCCGGCUGGGGCUGGAUUCAUUUCUUCGAAAUGAUAGCGAACAGUAUCGACGUAGACCUCGUGCAUACGCCAGUACACCUCAGGCCUCCUACUGCUUUCGUCGUCUCACGCGUGGGGCCCAUUCUGGAGGACUUCCGUACACGGGAAGAAUACUUGUACCUUCCGGAAGUUCGGAUCGUGGCUGAUCAUGUUCAGUCUCUGCUUUCGAGAAUUCGAGGCGACUAA